AUGUUUCAGACAAGUCAGACAUAUGAAAUAGUUUUUAUCUUCCUGGGAUUUUCCCACUAUCCCAAAGUUGAGGUCAUGAUAUUUAUGCUGUGUCUGCUGAUGUACCUGUUCACCUUGAUGGGCAACUUAAUUCUGAUCUCCACCACCAUCCUGGAUUCCCACCUGCACACCCCCAUGUACUUCUUCCUUAGCAACCUCUCCUUUCUAGACAUCUGGUACACCUCUUCUGCUUUCGCUCCAAUGCUAGCAAACUUUGUUUCAGGAAAAAACACCAUCUCCUUCUCAGGAUGUGCUUCUCAGAUGUACUUCUCUCUUGCCAUGGGCUCCACUGAGUGCGUACUCCUCUCCAUGAUGGCCUAUGACCGGUAUGAGGCCAUCUGCAAUCCCCUGAGGUACCCUAUCAUCAUGAACAGGAGGGUCUGCGUGCAGAUUGCUGCUGGCUCCUGGGUCACAGGCUGCCUCACGGCCCUGGUGGAAACAGUGGCUGUGCUGCGGUUGUCUUUCUGUGGAAACAGUAUCAUCAACCACUUCACAUGUGAAAUUCUGGCCGUCUUGAAACUGGCUUGUGUAGAUACUUCCAUGGUGCAGGUAAUCAUGCUAGUGAUCAGCGUGCUUCUUUUGCCCAUGCCGUUGCUACUCAUUUGUGCCUCCUAUGUCCUUAUCCUCUCCAGCAUCCAGAGAGUCCGUUCAGAAGAUGGUCAAAGCAAAGCCUUAUCCACAUGCUCAGCCCACCUGACUGUGGUUAUUCUGUUCUAUGGGACAGCUCUCUCCAUGUACCUGAAACCCACAGAAGUGAAUUCACAGGAAAUUGACAAAUUUAUGGCUUUGGUAUAUGCUGGAUUAACCCCCAUGUUGAAUCCUAUUAUCUAUAGUUUACGGAACAAAGAGGUAAAAGUGGCUGUGAAAAGAUUGCUGGUUAAAAAGUCUUUUAGUACUGUCUUAAUUCCAACCCUCAAUUAG